GCAAUCCAGUGCCAAAGCCUGCAAGAUGGCACCGCAGCAGCAAAGUCACCGCCGCGCAAAUUGGUUUCAGUUGCUUGUCCUUUGUCUGUCAUGUUCCAUAGCGAUAUCCCAGACCGUCGGCGAUGAUUCCUCUGAUGCAGGGUCUAACAACAACAGUGCUAGCUCACCGAGUACGACGUCGUCUGCUACAACGACGCCAGCCACGUCAGUGCCUGUGACUACAUCCCAACCAUCUACCACUGCGCCGACGAUAUCACCCACAACAGAAACGCCAACGACAACUACCAAUACGCCCACUGCAAGCACAGUAUCAUCCUCUAGCUCAGCUUCCGAGACAUCAGCACCGACCCCAACGACAAAAACACCAGCUACUACAUCAUCACCAACAUCGACAAAGACAGCAGCUCCAUCGACUUCAUCAACAACGGCUCCAAGUGCAGCAGUUGACACAGAUACUUCGUCAUCUACUUCUGCAACAGCAGCGCCCGUGGUGAAACAAUACAACUCCUCAACAUUACCACCCGGUGUAAGCUCAAGCGUACUAAACGGCUCGGAUCUCAUCAAUGUCGAAGUCACCGAGACAACGCUGGGAAACGGAAGCACGUCGUUCGACUACGUGAUCGUCACUAGUUCCGGUGAAACGGAGAAGGUGAUCGUGUUAAGGCCUGAUACAACGGACCCAACCAGCAACAACAGUGAAGACGCAUCAGACCAGUCUGGUAGUUCUCUAUCAGACAACAACACAUCGACGUCUUCCGGUUCCCUUGGACUCGGAGCGGUCAUCGGGACCAUCAUCGGAGCUCUCGUACUCCCGCUAGCGCUGACAGUGCUCCUGAUCACUCGGCGUCGCCAGAAGAACCAGUCUAACGAUGAGUCCUCCAAUGCCUUAGCUGAAAUCGAGAAGCAAAUGCAGCUACUCGAUCGAGAACAGUCGCAGAUCGACACUGAGUACGACGAAUCCACCAGAACUCUUGGCUACUCACAAGUGCCUGGACCACUUUCGGGUAGUAGACGAUACCGAGGUACCUUGUGGGAGCACCCCGUGAUAGUAGCGUCGAGGAUUCCAAUCGAGCACAUCGAACUGGGAGAAACCAUUAGUCGCGGAGCUUUCGGUUUGGUAUAUCGCGGUCGAUUUCGAGAUCAAACCGUAGCAAUUAAGACGUUGUUACCGGAGAAGCGCAAGGACAUGGGUCAUAUUCGGGUGUUUCUGUCUGAGGUGAAGCUCAUGGCUACCAUGGAGCAUCCGAACAUUGUGCGGUUUAUUGGCGUGGCUUGGGAGUCGUUGAGCGAACUGUACUGUGUGUCCGAGUUCAUGAGUGGUGGUGAUCUACGCUCCUUAUUGCAGAACUACCUAGCUACUGGUGCACCCCAAGGCAUGAACCCCAGUAAAAUACAGAUCGCUUACGACGUGUCGUACGCUUUGACGUAUUUACACUCACUGGAGCCUGUGGUGCUGCAUCGCGAUCUAAAGUCACGCAAUAUUCUGCUGACGGAGUCAUUAACUGCUAAGCUCACGGACUUUGGUACCUCGCGUAUCCGUUCCGAUGGCUCCAUGACUUCGAACGUGGGUAGUUCACUGUGGAUGGCACCUGAAGUGAUGAUGGGGCGACGCUACGACGAAAAGGCUGAUGUGUUUUCUCUGGGUGUAGUGAUCUCGGAGCUGGAUACGCACGAAUUACCGUAUUCGCAUGUCAAAUCAAGUAACAACAAAAAGGGUCGCCCUCUUCCGGAUACAGCGGUGCUUCAAAUGGUAUCAAUGGGCAAACUCCACGUUCGUUUUUCUCCCUUCAUGGAUCAAGACAUACGCCACUUCGUUGAACGCUGCGUUAACGUGAGUCCUUGUGAACGCCCGACAGCCGCCGAGAUUCUUUACUAUUUGCAAGUGCUGAUUCGGGACCGACUGUAUUGACUUGUUAUUUGAAAUGUGUUGAAUAUUACGGAGUCGGUGACUGCGAGACCAAGAUCGUGUUUGGAAAGACCAUUGCUUAGAAACAUGCUGCACUUGAAGGGGGUGGGCUUUUUGGCUGGGCACAUGGGAGUGC